AUGGAAGAUGAUAAAGAAGAAGAAUGUGUUGCUGUUAGAUUACAUGACGAUGAAUUUAGUGGUUUAAUAGGAAAUAUCGCAGGUGGUAUUCUUCGUGAUAGAGUUGGUGGUACUGCAGGUGAUAUACUUGGUAAUUUAGUGGGCAAUUUCGGUGGUCAUGGAGCUGGAAGCGGAUAUGGAAGUGGUGGAUAUAAUCAACCUGGUGGAUAUGGAAGUGGUGGAUAUAAUCAACCUGGUGGAUAUGGAAGUGGUGGAUAUAAUCAACCUGCUGGAUAUGGAAGUGGUGGAUAUAAUCAACCUGGUGGAUAUGGAAGUGGUGGGUAUAAUCAACCUGGUGGAUAUGGAAGUGGUGGAUAUAAUCAACCUGGUGGAUACAAUCAAGGCGGUGGUUACGGAAGUGGUGGUGGAUAUGAUCAUGGAGGAUAUGGUGGUGCAGGCUUUGGUAGUGGUUAUAGAGGUGAUAGUGAAGGAGGUUAUAGCAAUCGUAAUAGUGAAAAUAGUGGUGCAGUUGGCCUGGUUGGAAAUUUAAUUGGUGGAAUAUUUGGCGGUGGAAAAAAUCGUAACGAUGGUGCUAGUAAUGAUGGUUACAAUAAUUAUCGGGGUGGUAACAGUGGUUACGAUGACAAUCGGAAAAAACCGGAAAAAAUGCAUCCGGAACAUGAUCGUUCCGGUGAAUCCGACAUGAAAUGUUACAAUUUUCAAGGUGACCAGAUUGGCGAUAUCAUCGGUGGCUUUAUUUCAGGUGGAGGAGGCGGCGGUAGCAGUAAUUCUUACAAUACUGGUGGUGGUAUAAAUGUUGGUGAUAUUGCUGGUAUUAUUGGUGGCCUAUCUGGACCAGGUAGUAAAGGUCAGAAGAUUAGCGGCCUUAUAAGUGGCAUUGGGGGAUUAAUUGGCAAAAAAGGAGGAAAUUAUAGAGAUGGAGGUCCAAAUGUUGAUCCAAAUAAUUUAAGCGGCGGUAUGACAGAUGUUGUGAGCGGUCUUGUCGGGCAUUUAGCUCAUCGUUAUCUUAAUGUUGAUCCAGCUACGGGACGCAUUAUCGGUGCCAUUGCUGGCAAUUUUAUUUUCAAUCUUGGUGGCAAAGACAACAAGCUUGGAGCUGUGGGAAAAAUCGUUUUAGACAAUAUUAUCAGUGGUAAAUUCAAGCGAAAGGUUGAUCCAUAUAUACCACCAGAACCAUCACGACAUUUACGCCCACCAGUACCUGACAGAAGAGCGGACGAAGCACUUCAUUUUUACGCAGAACGAGAUCGUUGCCUUGCUAUGCGACAACUUUUCGAGGAUCCUCAGUUUCCUGCUAACGAUAAAAGCUUAUUCUUCAGCCGACGUCCACCCAAACAAAUCGAAUGGAGACGACCGGGAGAAAUAUGUGAGGAUCCACAGUUACUCUAUGAAGGACAUUCACGUUUCGACGUAGUACAAGGUGAAUUAGGCGACUGUUGGCUUCUAGCUGCAGCAGCAAAUCUUACAUUGAAAGAUGAGCUCUUUUAUCGAGUUGUGCCACCAGAUCAAAGUUUUACUGAAAAUUAUGCCGGCAUAUUUCACUUCCAAUUUUGGCAUUAUGGUGCAUGGGUUGACGUUGUCAUCGAUGAUCGUUUACCAACAUCUACCAGUGGUGAAUUAUUGUACAUGCAUUCCAGAGAUAACAACGAAUUUUGGAGUGCUCUUCUGGAAAAAGCAUAUGCGAAGCUUCAUGGUUCAUACGAAGCACUAAAAGGUGGUACAACAAGUGAAGCAUUAGAAGAUUUUACUGGUGGUUUGACAGAAUUUUUUGACCUCACACAACCUCCUAAACAUUUGAUGGAAAUGAUGAUGAGAGGUUUUGAAAUGGGUUCAUUGUUUGGAUGCAGUAUAGAAGCAGAUCCAAAUGAAUGGGAAGCACGGAUGCAUAAUGGUUUAGUCAAAGGUCAUGCAUAUAGUAUAACAGGAAUGAAGAUGGUGAAUGGACCACGUGGUAGUAUACCAUUACUACGUAUACGUAAUCCGUGGGGUAAUGAACAGGAAUGGAAUGGUGCAUGGUCGGACAAUUCAGCGGAAUGGAGGUCUAUUUCUCAGGAACAACGCGAUGAGAUGGGUUUGGUUUUUGCGCACGACGGAGAGUUUUGGAUGUCAUUCAAUGAUUUCGUGCGUUGUUUUGAAAAAAUGGAGAUCUGUAACUUGGGUCCAGAGGUUAUGGAUGAAGUUUAUCAAAUGACUGGUGUCCAGUCGUCACAGAAUGCUUGGGCAACAUAUACUCAUAAUGGCAUUUGGAUUGCAAAUGAAACAGCUGGUGGAUGCCGGAACUAUAUUCGGACAUUUGCAACGAAUCCUCAAUAUCGUAUCCAAGUAACAGAUUCGGAUCCAUAUGAUGAUGACAACCUAUGUACAGUGAUAAUUGCUGUGUUGCAAAAAUAUCGACGUGAGAUGAAACAUAUGGGUAUUGAGAAUUUACCUAUAGGAUUUGCAGUUUAUGAUGUUGGGAGCUAUAAUGGACGUUUAACACGAGAAUAUUUCCAGCAACAUAAAUCAUGUGCUAGGAGUGCUGCGUUUAUUAAUUUACGAGAAAUAACAGGUCGUUUUCGAAUCCCACCGGGAAAUUACGUAAUCGUACCGUCAACAUUCGAACCGAAUGAGGAAGCGGAAUUUAUGCUUAGAGUUUACACAAAUGGUUUUAUUGAAUCAGAGCAGUUGUGA